AUGGACGUAUCUUCCAAUAGUACGACGGCGGACGCCGCCACCGCAGCGAACACCGGCCCAGAGUACAACACCAGCUUAGUCAAGAAAGCUAAAUUACAGUCCACACUGGCGGCUCUCCUCAAUGAUCCCAUACUUUCCGAUGUAACGAAGAACCCUACGCUGUCUGACGUGGACACUCUAAUCAACUUGGAACUCGGUAGCGCCAUGCGCAUCUGCGUCUUGAAAAUGGAUGGCACCUCUGUAGAUGUGGCGGUGAUGAAUUCUGCAUCCGUGAAGGAUUUGAAAUUAGCAAUCAAGAAAAAAGUGAAUGAUAUGGAGGAAACAAGGAUGGGCCAUCGCCAAAUUUCUUGGAAGCAUGUAUGGGCUAAUUUUUGCCUUUCAUACCACAACGUAAAGCUACUUGACGACAACUCUGCACUUCAGGCUUAUGGCAUUCGGAAUAAUUCUCAGGUGCAUUUUAUUCCCUAUGUUGUUUCAAGGGCUUCUCAACGGCAUUCUAGAGGGAAAAAACACCGUUUCUUUCACGGUCUAAACAAAAAGGCUUGA